AUGCACUUUCAGCAACAGCGCGUCUGCGAGCUUGAGACUGUUCCGGUGUCUCUGCAGCCCGUUGAGAAGCUAGAUACUCAGCAUGCUGUCGAAACCUAUCUUGGGACUACUCUGAUGUUCGGCAGCUGGGAAACAUCUGUCAUAACAUAUAAAAAGGGAGACCUUACCAGAAUGAAGAUGGAGCUGGUGUCCCAACAAUCAAGAGAACAAGCUGGUUCUCUAGACCAUAUAUUCACACUUAGGCAAAUCAUUGAAAAAUACAUGGAGUACAAAAAAACAAUGUAUAUAGCCUUUGUGGUCUACCCCAAAGCCUUUGACAUAAUCUUACAUAACAAACUCUGGUUAGCUUUACGGGAGAAUGGAAUACAAAAUAAAUAUUCUAACUUACUAGAAAAUAUGGAGAAGAAAGGCAACAUGUUUCAACUGAAAAGGGGUGUUCGGCAGGGCGUGUCACCAAAUUUAUUCACCGCUCUGUCAAAUUAG